AUGUUCUUACUGUCCCUCUCUUACCUUCCGUUCGUGUCACCAACCCUCCUGGUUGUGGGAUUGAUCUGUGUAUGCUUGGUUUUCCUUCUGCUCGUUCACAUCGUACACAGCCUGCGGAGUCCUCUGAACGAUAUUCCGGGCCCACUCUAUGCUCGUUUCACAAACCUACCGCUGAAAGCUGCCGUUGUCGCGGGAAAGCGCAUACACUUCGUCCAUGCCUUGCACCAGCGUUAUGGCAAGAUCGUUCGCAUCGCUCCCGACGAAGUCGCUGUGGCCAGUCCACAAGCUUUUAAGAUCAUCCAUGCAGUUGGUGGAGGCUUCGAGAAGACCGAGUGGUACAGAUCGCUGAAUCCGGUACCGCGUGACGGUGUGUUCACCAUGACUGACAACAAGGCGCACGCUGGUCGCCGCCGGUUGCUGUCGCGGCCGUUCAGCAAGAGCCACCUACGCCAACAUUGGGAACCUGUCGUCCGGGAGCGUGUCGAGUUGGCGGUGGCCCGCAUGUGUGCCGAAGCUGCAAAAGGCCCUGUCGAUGUCAUGAAGUGGUGGAUGUUUAUGGCUUCCGACGUUUCAGCCCACCUCAUGUUUGGCGAGUCAUUCCAGACUCUUGAACAUGGUGUAGUCAGCGAGUACAUGCGGAAGUUGCAGGUCGCAUUGAUGGGAGGCGGCAUCGGCGCUGAGAUGCCGUUCGUGCGCUACCUAGGCAAACGACUGCCAAUACAGAUUUGUCAGGACCUAUGGAAUAACAACAGCUACCUAAUGAACUACGCCGAGGCUGCGGUCAAAGGCAUGAGAGCGAACCAAGGGCAUGCCAACGUCUUCGCGGGCAUGGUUGCUGAGGCGGAGAAAGCCGAGCGGUUGGACGAUCUCGACGUCAAACAAGAGGCACUGAAUCUGAUUGUAGCUGGGACUGAUACCACCUCCAUCACAUUGACUUACCUUGUAUGGGCUGUGCUUUCACGACCAGAACUACAACGAGCGGUGGAGGAAGAAGUGCGAGGUCUUCCGGAGGCGUAUCAGGAUGCGGAAGUCGAGAAGCUUGAGCUGCUGAAUGCGGUGAUAGAAGAGACGCUGCGAUUGUAUGGAGCCGCUCCAGGUGGUCUGCCGAGAAGAGUACCUAGUGGAGGAAUCAGCAUGGGUGGAUACUUCCUCCCGGGCGGAACCACGGCCACUACGCAGGCGUUCAGCCUUCAUCGAGAUGCCUCGCUGUUUCCCGAUCCCGAAGAAUUCAUCCCAGCAAGAUGGAUGUCCUCGCACGGAGAUGGGAGGUACGCGGUUAGCGACGCCGCAAGAGCGGUCUAUUCGCCGUUCGGUGCCGGCGCAAGAACUUGCCUGGGGGUGCAUCUGGCGACCAUGGAGCUUCGACUGGCGGCUGCAGAGUUCUUCAGACGGUGUGCGGGAGCCAAGCUUGCGCCCUCGAUGACGGAUGAGCUGAUGCAUAUGGAGAACUAUUUCCUCAUAGCUCCGGCAGGGCACCACCUCAGUGUGGAACUGUAG